GGCACAGCCAAUAGGAAGUCAAAAUGUCCCGGAAGGGUCGGCCUUUCGGCGCAUACAGAGAAGGUAGCAAGAGCGGCUGCGCAGUGGGGGCUGUAGCCGGUUGCUCGGAAUUGUGGUGGUUGGAGGUCUCACAACACCGCCGUCAUGUCGAUUAUGUCCUAUAACGGAGGGGCCGUCAUGGCCAUGAAGGGGAAGAACUGUGUGGCCAUCGCUGCCGACAGGCGCUUCGGGAUCCAGGCCCAGAUGGUGACCACCGACUUCCAGAAGAUCUUUCCCAUGGGCGAUCGGCUGUACAUAGGCCUGGCCGGGCUCGCCACCGAUGUCCAGACUGUUGCCCAGCGCCUCAAGUUCCGGCUAAACCUGUAUGAGCUGAAGGAAGGCCGGCAGAUCAAGCCCUACACCCUCAUGAGCAUGGUGGCCAACCUCUUGUAUGAGAGACGGUUUGGCCCCUACUACACAGAGCCCGUCAUCGCUGGGCUGGACCCGAAGACCUUUAAGCCCUUCAUUUGCUCUCUGGACCUCAUCGGCUGCCCCAUGGUGACUGACGACUUUGUGGUCAGUGGCACCUGCUCCGAACAAAUGUACGGGAUGUGCGAGUCCCUCUGGGAGCCCAACAUGGAUCCAGAACACCUAUUUGAAACCAUCUCGCAAGCCAUGCUGAAUGCUGUGGAUCGGGACGCGGUGUCGGGCAUGGGCGUCAUUGUCCACAUCAUGUAGAAAUUGGGCCAAGUGGCCACAACCUUGUGGUUCAGCGUCCUUAACCUUGGCUGCACAUGAGUCACACGGAUGCUUUGAUUGCUUCCCUCAAGAUUCUGACUUCACUGGCUGUUAAAGGCCUGGGCUUGUCUCUCCGAAAAGCUUCCCAAAUGCUUCCAGCUUGCAGCCUGUGGCGGCGGUUCCCCAACUUGAGCCUCCAUCAGAAUCACCUGGAAGGCCUGUAAAAACCGUUCCUGAUUCGGAUCUGCAGAGGGACCCGGGAAGUUCUAGCUCGGAUCUGCAGAGGGACCCGGGGAGUUCUAGCUCCGAUUCCCGGCUGCUGCUGCUACCGCUGGUCGAGGACCACACUGGGAGAACCCCUCGAUGUUAAGCUAAGAGUCUCUGCUUGGAGAACGUGAGGUACACAGAGGUGACCACGUAGCUAGUUAAGGGAGAGCGGGGACAAGUGUGGUAGGUGAGCGGCCCCUCACCAGUGCCGGUUUUCCAUGGGCAGGUGGUUGGCCCACUUCUCGGCGUGCGCAGAAAGGUCACGACGGCUGACCAGCUCUGGGGCCUGUUGUCCUCCCGCAGCUUACACGGAAAGCAGGCGGCCGAAGUCCUAGCCUCUGCUCUUUCUCCAAACUCAAGUCACACACGGAUUUUGGCCAAACAACCUUUGAAACCGGGACCCAAACCCUUUAAUUCUGAAAAAAAGGCUCAUUUCCAAAAGACUCACACGUGACAGAUGUGUACACAAAGAUUUCUGAGUUUUAUUUGUUCCUUGGGUUGGAGAUUCAUCUUAACAUGCAUGCAUUUUAAAACAGUAA